ACGUCAUAAGAGCCGGGAAAACAGCUAAAAUAGACGCACUUCUAGUAAAGUUGAACGUGUAUUUGUUUUCAACAGUUUCCAACGUGUAUUUUGUGUUUACAUUUAUUUAAGGACAGUUUUGAACAGCCGAAAAACAGAAUGAGGUUUUAGUCGAAGGAAAAGUGUCUGUUAAGAAAUCUGUUGGCUAAAAAACACUAUUAUUAGUCACUUACUAAAUACAUUCGGUAUGCGGCGUUAUUUGUAAAAUUAAUUAGUGUUGUUUAAAAUUAAUGUAUAAUAAGUAAGUUUAUUACAAACCUCAAGCAAAUUUAAUUCAAACCGUGGUCUAAAAUGAGUUCAGUACCAAAGAGAACGAACGUGAAAUUGGCAAGAUUAUUCUACAAAUAUUCCGAGCCAAAAACCCCGGAAGUUGUACCAGAGACUCCGGUGGAAAAGAAAGAAUACGAUGCAUAUCCUCCUUACAAUUUCUCCUGGUUUAUCGAAGGCAAAAUCGCAGCUAUGGGAUGGCCUCAGACUGUUGAGAAUCUGAACUAUUUAGUGGAUGUAGGUGUUAACCAUCUUAUUACUUUGUCUCCUGAAAGACGACCACCUAUUUUGGAGUGUGAGAAAAAAUUAAAAUGGACUGAGAUUAGACUGAAGGAAUUCGGAGCACCGACUUUAAAACAAAUUAUAAAGUUCAUAGAGAUUUGUGAAAGAGCUGAACUUAGAGGAGAGGUGGUGGGUGUUCACUGUCGACAUGGCCGCGGCCGCACCGGGACCAUGCUGGCGUGCUAUCUCGUCCACUACAAGAACAUGGCCCCUGAACGCGCCGUGCUCACUGUCAGGGUGCAGAGACCAGGUUCCUGUGAAACCUACGAACAAGAAAAGAUGGUCUGCCACUACCAUGACUGCCUUAGAGGCACAAUUGAAAAGCCCGACUACCGAUUGGUAGAAGAUAAACUAUACUUCGAUUGCUCCAUGAAACACAUCGACGAGGACGAAAAUCAAGAUGGCGAACAAGACGGCGACGAAAAAGAUGGCGAAAAAAAGACCGAUGAAAAAGAAAAGAAAAAAGAACGGAAAAAAUCAAAGGCAAUGGUCAUCAAUCAUCACAUUUAUUUUUAAGGUUAAAUAAGUAUUUACAAUUUUUAAUUUUUAGGCAUAUGAAAAGACAGUUUACGAAUGAUGUUCCUUAUAAAUUUAGUACUUUUGUAAUUGUGUAACUUCCAAAAUUAAAAAAUAUUGCAACAAGAAACAAAAUGUACUCUUCUUCCUUCUUUUCUUUAUUUUUUUUUUGUUAGAUAACAAACUUACAAAAUAGGUGUUUAAAAGGUAAACAACAAUAAAUAUUUUCGAGGGUAAUAUUGUAACAGUACAUUUCAUAAAUGACUCAUUAAAAUAGCUGUUAAUAUCAAACAAAAUCAGAGCCAACGGCUGCCUUGAUAUAAGAAAAUUCUAUUCAAAAUAAAA